AUGCCGGAGGUGAAACCCCAGGACAAUCUGGUUCAAGAGACGGUCUCAUCAGAACCGGAUGCACUUGAGGCCAGCGGAAAUGCGUAUAACUGGCGGCGAGGAGUCUUUUUCAACGCAACCAUUGUGGGCCUGGCCGCCUUUGCAGCGCCGGGACUUUGGAAUGCGAUGCAAUCAGUCGGUGCUGGUGGUCAGCAAACGCCAUACCUGGUCAUGGCCGGUAACGCGAUUCUGUUCGCAACCAUGACAUUCGCUUGCCUGACCGGAAGCAUCGUCGCAAACAGGUUUGGCCUGAAGGCAGCUUUGAUCUUCGGGACCACUGGCUAUGUUCUGUACUCGGCAGCAUUGUAUGCGAAUAAUCGCUAUGGCACUGUCUGGUUCAUAUACCUAGGCUCUGCAGCGUGUGGGCUCAGUGCCGGCAUAUUCUGGUCCGCGGAAGGGUCUAUUAUGUUGAGUUAUCCUGAGCCCGAGAAAAGAGGCCGUUAUUUGUCCUACUGGCUUGCCUACCGAAACAGUGGCUCAAUCCUUGGAGGAGCCAUCAACCUUGCUUUCAAUUAUGCCGGGAGGACUACUGGCAAGUUGGACUGGAGAACCUAUAUUGUUUUCGUGGUUUUGCAAUGCCUAGGUCCGGUGGUAGUCUCCUUUCUGUCAUCUCCAAGCAAAGUGCGACGUCGAAAUGGAACACGAGUCCAGAUUGGCGAGCGUGUCUCAGACUUUGAUGAGCUAAAGGCGCUCGGGAAAGCACUCUGUCGCAGAGAUGUUUUGUUGAUAUUUCCCUACUUCCUAUAUGUAGCGUUCCAACUUCCUUACAACAGUUCUUAUCUUUCGUUGUACUUCUCUGUGCGUUCUAGAGCACUGGCAUCAUUGGUCUCCGCUCUCGCGCAAGUGUUCACGACACUUCUUUUCGGUGCAUUCCUGGACUGGACAAGCCUCAGCUUCAAUCGGCGUGCCAGGUACGGCUUUAUUUUUAUGAUGUCGUUGAUAGGAGGCUGCUGGAUUUGGGGUACCAUCGUGCAGGUCGGAUAUACUAAGGACAAGCCGUCCUUGGACUGGAGUGACGACGGAUUCGGAAGAGGCUGGGCACUGUACAUUUUCUGGUCCAUCAACUUCAGUCUUGCAUACAACUAUGGGUUCUGGCUGAUAGGUCUUAUGGCGAGAGACCCGAAAGAAGUUGUUCGAUACAUGUCGGUCGCGCGAGCCGUAGAGGCGGCGGGCCAGUGUAUAGCAAGUGGGAUCAGCUCAACCUCCGCACCAUUGACUGUGCCUCUAGGUCUGAACUUUGCGCUGUGGGCUGUCGCAAGUGUCCCUGGAUACCUAGUUGUUCGGCAAGCUGGAAUCAUUCAUCGUGGCCCAGAGAAGACCGUGGCGUCAGAAUGA